CCAUAAAUAUGUCAUCACUAGACAAGAACAGAUGUGCAAAGUGCAGCAUGGUGGUCUUGGAAGUAUUUCCAAUGAUAAUGCAAGAGUUAAUGGCACAAACCGGAACUCCAGCAAAAACCCUCUACAACGAUAUUAUGAGGAAUGAUCCUUUCAGAAGAAAACUAAACACAAUUGAGCUUGAUACGGUAGAUACAUUACAAACCGAUGGAUACACCAAGAUUGAUGUAAGUCUAUCUUACAAAAUUAUUGUCAAUUUUUUCCAGUUUUCUAUACCGCCACCGUCUAGACAAUGGGGGGCGAAUCCGAUUCACACAGAGAUAGGAAUAGGUGAAGACAUUGAACGCAUAAGGCGGGAACGAAAUAGCUUUGUUCAUAGAGUGAAUGCUUGCAUAUCGGAACCUCUGUUUGACAAUUUUUUCGUUACCUUUAUCGAAGUCGGAAAAAGAAUAGAUGCUUACCUGAAUAAACCCCCAAACAAUGGAUAUGCACAUGAUGUCGAGCAAUGCAAGACUUGUGUACUUGAUCCUGAAGUUGAGAAGAAACUACUCGAUGCUAGAGCAGAUAUUGAACAAUUGGAAGAAAUGUACAGGUUUGUUAUUGGAAAUCCAGGAAAAGAAAUUCAUAUUUUUGUAGGAAAAUCGACAGAAGCAGCAAUUGAAAAAAUUAGAGCAGAAGAAGAUCUAAAGGAGAGCUACACAAAAUUGAGAAUAAUCAUUCAUGAAGUAGACGAUAGUGAAGAAGUAGUCAAACUUAUAAAUUCGCUAAAAGAAGACCUCAGCAGUGAGAACAUCAAUUUCAAAGGAGCUGAGAAAGGCAGUAUCAUACUGUUCAUUGAUGUUAAAAACAGAGUAGUUCUAGAUGACGGCCUGUUCCAGAGUGAAGUCAGCACCUUCAUCCAAAAACUUUUCAAAUUUAGUAAAUUGACAAGCUAUUUCCGUACACAAACAUAUGCAGUAAUUGCCAGUGCAGCAGAAGAGUUUGAAGAACCAACAAUUAACCUGCCGGACAACGCCACAGGAGCAUGCUUAAUGGGUGACAAAGGACACGUGGUUGUUAAUUUUGAAGUAAAAAAUAAGAUAUUCCACUCUCCUGACAGCUUAAACAGAACCUUAAAAGGGUUUUUUAAUACCCUCCUUAUGAAAGGGAAUGGAAAGGACUUACUGGGGAAAACAGAUGUAUAUGCAGUACUCGUCAAAUCCAGUAAGAGAAAUGUUAAUGAACAUUAA